AAAAGAGAUACGCGUUGUCACCACCCAAGACAGGACGAGAACGAAAAGUGAAAAAAAGCAGGCACGCCACGCCACAGCCCAGUGGAACUCACAGAUGGAUAGGGGGAGAACACUACUGCAUUAAAUGAGAUCACAGCUUGGAGCGACACUGGAAGGACAGUCGUGUGUCAGGUGUCCCUGGGGAAGGGGACGCUCGGGCUGAAAGUUGAAUGACAAACAGUACGCCAGCAGGAGUUUAUGUGCAAAGACCUGUGAGAGAGAAAAUCUGGCCCGUAAGAACAUGAGAGAAAGAAGCCUACAAAGUUGGAAACUCAGACCUCAAGUUUUGUUAUGAGUUGCUAAAAUCAUGGUGAAAUGUUGCUCGGCCAUUGGAUGUGCUUCUCGCUGUUUGCCAAAUUCCAAGUUAAAAGGACUGACAUUUCAUGUAUUCCCCACAGAUGAGAACAUCAAAAGAAAGUGGGUAUUAGCCAUGAAAAGACUAGAUGUGAAUACUGCAGGCAUUUGGGAGCCUAAAAAAGGAGAUGUGCUGUGUUCGAGGCACUUCAAGAAAACAGACUUUGACAGAAGCACUCCAAACACUAAGCUGAAACCAGGAGCCAUCCCUUCUGUCUUUGAAUUCCCAUAUCACUUACAGGAGAAAAGAGAAAAACUUCAUUGUAGAAAAAACUUCAUUCUCAAAACCCUUCCUGUCACUCACCGUGGCCACCAGCUUGUUGGUGCCUCAUGCAUUGAAGAAUUCCAACCCCAGUUCAUUUUUGAACAUAGCUACAGUGUUAUGGACAGUCCAAAGAAACUUAAGCAUAAAUUAGAUCAUGUGAUCAUCGAGCUAGAGAAUACCAAGGAAAGCCUACAGAAUGUUUUGGCCCGAGAAAAACAUUUUCAAAAAUCACUGAGGAAGACAAUCAUGGAAUUAAAGGAUGAAAGCCUCAUCAGCCAGGAAACGGCCAAUAGACUGGACGCCUUCUGUUGGGAGUGACGGAAACGGCCAAUAGACUGGACGCCUUCUGUUGGAGUGACUGAAAUGGCCAAUAGACUGGACGCCUUCUGUUGGGAGUGACGGAAACGGCCAAUAGAAUUGGACGCUUUCUGUUGGAAGUAUUGCCGUGGAAGCACAGCAUGAGACCGUAUUUUAUGAGGUCAUUUCUUUUAUGUUCCAUCUGCAGUUGACAUGACAGUGUUCCUUAGAAGAUUCUCCCACACCGCCACUCAAUCCUGUCAGCACUGACAGCAUUAUGCAAACCAAAAACUUGUUAGAGAUGUGCAGAAAGGUGCUGUGGUCAUGCUCUGUGUAACUUGUGACAGUUUUUACAGACCUAAACCAGUGCUGGGUCACUACUGUAUGGUGGUUAAAUCUCACAAAAGUAAGGAAAUAUAUCCAGUUGGCCACAUUAAGUGCUGGCAAUUAGAAAGAACAACAUACGUUUACUUGUAUAUGCUUUAUAGUAAGUUGUGAUACUAAUUUUAAACAUCUUACUAUAAAGCAAAAUUUGUUUGCAACACAAGUUCAUCUUGCACCCACCCCCAAGGUGCUUUAGUUAUUAAUCAUACUACAGAGUAUUCUUUUUAAUAAGGCCCUCAGUAGCACUGACCCUGAGAAUAAUGCAUGGAAAAGACUUACUGCCUUUUAAGUUAAGAGGCAAUUAAAGGAGACCACUGACAGGGUGCCCGUUGUCGGGCACAGUGUGCCAUUCCUCCACACCAGGACUAGUCCGAUGUAAACCGUAAAGAAUAGCUGUAAGCACCAUAGAGGAAGCGUGUAAAACAUAAGGAAAACUAUUUAAAAUGUACAGACCUUGCCAUGGAAAUAGAAACAGAACUGAUGACUGUCCAGUGGUGGUAAUUAAUUACCUAGUGAAACGGGCGUUCAGAAGAGCUGCUUUGAAACUUCUUACCAAAUAGACAAAAGAAAACUCUUAGCUAUUCUACUGACUGAGCCAAAUGUUAAAAAUUAACUGAAGUUAAGAGUCAAAAAUAGCUGGUGAGAUGACUCAGCGGGUAAGAGCACCGGUUGCUCUUCCGAAGGUCCUGAGUUCAAAUCCCAGCAACCACAUGGUGGCUCACAACCACUCGUAAUGAGAUCUGACGCCCUCUUCUGGUGCAUCUGAAGACAGCUACAGUGUUCUUAUAAUAAAUAAAUAAAUAAUAAAUACAAAAAAAAAAGUCAAAAAUACUGUCAUAAAAAGUAUUAGCCAAAGUCCCAGGCCAUGCUGAGCACAGGUCUGUAAAUGAAUCUUACUCAGAGAGCUGUGCAUAGUUACCAGAAUAUGUGUAGCAAUUGUUUCAUCGUUUUAUUAAAUCACUUUCAUGUUUUGUAACUUUGUUUCAUAUUAGUAUCAUACCAAUAUGGUCAGUGAAGACUUUUGUGUUGAGGAUAUUUAAUUUUCAUGUGGGACUGUAAAGCUUCCCUCUAAUAGACUUUUCCCACAUCUGAAAGCUAAGUAUUGUGCUAAGGGAGGGGAAUGACUGAGAUCCAUUCAUUCCCCUCACGUGUUUUGUUUUUAAUUGCCUACCUUUCAUUUCUUUUCCCUGUGUAAUGUCUAAGUCACAGUGGGUACUCUAACAGGAAGUGUGGGUAGAUUCUAAGCCCCCGGCCACUCUGUGAGCGUGGGCAUUAAAGUUGGUGACAGAGUGACUGUAAGAGGAAAGGCUGCAGCGGAGUCUGCAGACUUCCCCUCCCCUGGCUGCCUGUAAUAGAGCACGCCUGCAAGACUCUGCAAAGGGUCCAGAUUCGCCCGGUUAUAGUUGCAUGGUCACUCGCUGCUUGUGUCUUGCAGAACUCAAGUCUUUGUCCUCUCUUUCACUAGGUCUAGUAUCACUGAGAAAUUGGUAACUGGGAGAAAUAUCAGUAAGAACUCAUUUGCUCUUUACUCUUCCAGAGGAGUGUUACCAAUAGAACUAGGAUCCCUACCACCUGCCACCUAAAUGCCUAAACCCAGUCCCUACCUCAGUCCUCCACUCAGAGAUUGCAGUCUAGGUCUUCCAGGGAAAAACUGCUGUAUAUACAGUAAAGCUACUUUAGGUGGUGAUGGUGAAUGCCAUUGAUCUCAGCACUCCAGGGCUUAGAGACACAGGCAGGUGGAUCUCUGUGACAUAAAGAACAGCCAGGGCUACAUAGAGAAAUCCUGUCCUGAAAAAACAAAGAUGAUGGUGAUGACGAUGUAAAGCUAAAUCAUGACCUAUCUAGAAGUCCUCAGGCAACCAAAGCUGACCCAAGAGCUCUAGUUUCUAAACAUAGACUGGUCUCUAGACCCUGAAACACCCUUGAUUUCCAAAGAAGGUACGAAGGACUCGAUGUGGCAUUUUCUUCUCCAUAUCAAGUUUAAACUUCUGAAAAUAAACUUUGUUGCUAAAGGGAGCUAUAAUUAUACAAGUCUUUAAUUUGAGAAAAGAUGAAAAUGUAUUAAAUACAGUUUUAGUUUUUAAAAGUAAAAUUCUUAACAAGUAAUUGAGAAAUGAAAGCUAUUAUUCAUUUGAAAAAUAAAAAUUUUGUCUAAUAA